GAAGGGGUCGGCUUUCUGAGCCGCCGUGCGCCCCCUGGAGGAAGAGUCCGGUAACACGCCGCUCACGCGCGACAACAACACCGCCAUUUUCAGCGCUGGAGGGAGGCGGGGACGCCGAAAUCUCCCGCGGUACGGAGCGCAGCGAGAAGUAGGUCAACCAGCAACAUCUCCGAGACGUACGCGCGCAGACUCCCGUGAAAACAACAACAACGUAACACGACAGAAAUUCACCCGAUUCGUCUUCAAUGCGUGUCCUCCGCGCCGCUCGGAUGUGUUCAGGUUCCGGUCCGGGCUGACAUUCAGACGACUAACAGCGAUUUUGCUUAUUUUUCAUCGGUUUGCGUGCGAGCUGAAGGGAGACGACAUGAGUAACACGCAAAACAGCUCUCUCAGGCCCCCGAGAAUGAAAAGGAGGUUGAGCAGAGACCGUGAGGACAGGCCCUCAUCCUGCAAGGGGCCGGCGGACUCCUGUAAGAGGGUCAGACAGCCCGCGGAGGACUCUGGAGAUGUGCUGCCCGACUGGGCUCGACUGCCACAGGAGAUGCUGCUCCACAUCUUCCAGUACCUGCCUCUCCUCGAUCGCGCCUUCGCCUCGCAGGUCUGCCGCGGCUGGAACGAGGCCUUCCACAUGCCCGAGCUCUGGAGGUGCUUUGAGUUUGAGCUCAACCAGCCCGCCAGCUCUUACCUGAAGGCCACUCAUCCGGACCUAAUAAAGCAGAUCAUAAAGAGGCACUCCAAUCACUUACAGUACGUCAGCUUUAAGGUGGACAGCAGUACAGAGUCAGCGGAGGCUGCGUGUGACAUCCUGUCUCAGCUGGUCAACUGCUCUCUGAAGACGCUCGGGCUGAUCUCCACUGCACGGCCGAGCUUCAUGGAGCUGCCGAAGUCGCACUUCAUCUCUGCUCUCACCGUGGUGUUUGUCAACUCCAAGUCUCUGUCGUCUCUGAAGAUUGACGACACGCCGGUGGAUGAUCCUUCGCUCAAGGUGCUGGUGGCCAACAACAGCGACACACUCAAGCUGUUGAAGAUGAGCAGCUGCCCACAUGUUUCUCCUGCAGGUAUUCUGUGCGUCGCUGAUCAGUGUCACGGUCUGAGAGAGCUGGCUCUGAACUAUCACUUACUGAGCGACGAGCUGCUGCUGGCGCUGUCCUCCGAGAAGCACGUGCACCUCGAGCAUCUGCGCAUAGACGUGGUGAGCGAGAACCCCGGCCAGCAGUUCCACACCAUCAAGAAGAGCAGCUGGGACGCCAUGGUGCGCCAUUCACCCAAAUUCAACCUGGUCAUGUACUUCUUCCUGUACGAGGAUGAGUUCGGGCCCUUUUUCCGCGACGAGAUCCCCGUUACGCACCUCUACUUCGGCCGCUCGGUCAGUAAAGAGGUCCUGGGCCGCGUGGGCAUGAACUGUCCGCGUCUGGUGGAGCUGGUGGUGUGUGCCAACGGUCUGCGGCCGCUGGACGAGGAGCUGAUCCGUAUCGCCGAGCGCUGCCAGCACCUGUCGGCCAUCGGACUGGGCGAGUGCGAGGUCUCCUGCAGCGCUUUCGUGGAGUUCGUGAAGAUGUGUGGCCGCCGUCUCUCUCAGCUCUCCAUCAUGGAGGAGGUGCUCAUCCCAGACCACAAAUACAGCCUGGACGAGAUCCACUGGGAAGUGUCCAAGCACCUCGGGCGCGUUUGGUUUCCAGAUAUGAUGCCCACCUGGUGAAAUGUGUUCAGAAGACCAUAAACAGUAAUCAGACUUUGGUAAUAUUGACUCAGCGUUUUACAUAGAUUUGAUUUGAGAUGUAUAUUCCCGCACUGCUAUAAUGAAUGAAUGUGGACUGUUGUAAAGGGAUGAAAAUGUUAUUUACGCACCCUUAAGACCUUUCAAAUAUUUAUGAUCAUCUUCUGUAGAACACAAAAGAAGAUAUUUUGGAGAAUGGUGAAGAAAAAAAAAAAUAGCAUUUACAUUUUUGAGUAAGCCAUUUCUUGAAUGGCAUGUCUUAUAAAAAAUCUCAUAACAUUUUACCUUAUUAUUAAAACUCAAAACAUUAUAAUUAUACUGAAUUAGAUGUUGCAUCAAAAAGAGAUGAAGCCCAUUUAAGGACCAUUAAUAUUUUUUUACCAUAAAUAACAAUUAAGUAUUUUCUCCUGUCAUUCUCAAUAUCAUUAUCAUUAUUGUUUGAUUUAUUAAUCCCAUUAGAUUCUCAUUACUGUAAUAAAGUAAUUGUUACAGUUCUGUUGUCAUUUAAUCAGCAUAAAGGCACUAUGAUCUAUAUUUAAUACUGUCAGGAUCUAAAUAUUUUACAAUUUAGAUCACAAUGCAAAAAGUAAAGAAAAUUAAGCUCAUUUGUAUUUUUGAUUUUUGAGGUGUAGUAUAACCUGGACGUUUUGUAAGAUUUACUAAUUCAUCUUUUUGGAAGCGUUCCUCUUGACAUUUCCUUUAUGAAACUAAAUCAAGGAUUGCUGUACAUGCCACAUCAUGUAUAUACUGUAUGUUACACUUUCAGAUUAUUUUGCGGGGGGAAAAAAAGUUUAAUUUAGAAAAGAAACAGAAAACUUUUAUUUAGAUGCAUAUAUUCAUUAUUCUUUAUUUAGAUGAAUGGGCUCUCUGUGUCUGUUUUGUCUUCGGUGGCUCAACAUUGUACCAUGUCUCAUGUAAAUGCAUGUCCAGGGGGAUGUUGCAACCCGUCCCAGCAUCUCUGGUUUUGAUUAUACUGUCUGAUCUGUAGCUGGUCUGUGUAGCAGGAUAAAUCAGGAAUCUUCAGCAGUGGCAUGAAAAGCCACAACACUAGUGAGAGUGGUUUUCCCUCACUAACUAGUCGCCUCUUAUCAUGUUCACCCCCACAAAUAUAAGUUUAAAAGAAGAGCACAUCCAUCUGGGUUGGGCUUUUGGUUUAUGUACGGUAGAUAGUGAACUAUAUUUUACGUGACUCAAACAUUUUGCAUUACGUACGUUUGGUAUUACAGUGCUUUUGUAUGCGCCUCAUACCAAAUUGAAAUCUUUCUUUCUGGUGGUUGCUCAUAUUGUGGUGCAGCAGGGAAGAGGGUGCAGAAGAAUAGUAAUAACAGCAUAUUUUCAAGGUCUUCGGUAUGUCAGAGAGGAAGGAAAUUAAAGGAUCAGUGUUUUGGAAGAAAAUAGUAAAAGAACGAAGCGUUGAUUGGUUUCUAAUUUCUAUUUGAUUGCAUGAAGAAUGUGGUGCUAUGACGAACUGAAUUGGAUACGACCGUGUAAUGAAUGCUGCGUUAACAUGCGCCCCUUGGUUUCAGUCCAGUAUGAUUCAGUACUGGAGUGAAGCAGUGAAAACCUUUUCCUUUAAGAAGGAAGUCCCACGUGUCUGUAUAUAAAAUGCUGUGUGUUUGAUAUAAAUAGAAAUACUUAUUUCUCGCGCACCCUCUGUGGAGGUUUGAAGUGUGUCUGUGCUGAUCUCUUUCAGACGAGUGGGAAUUACUCCUUGAUGGAUCUUUGUAUCCUUGUGAUUAGAGAUGCUCAUCAGUGUAAUUUAUUGAUAUACUUCUUACUGUUAUCAAUCUGCUUGUAUUGGUUGUUUAGCUUUAAGAUGCUCCUUGUUGAUUUAUAUGCAUAUUAUAUCAUUUAUAAAAAGUCAAUAGCAUGUCAUAGUUUUUCUUUGCCCAUUAUCCAGAAUUAAAGCUGGUUUAGCUUUUGCAAAUUAAAUUAAGUAAACAUCUAAAUUAAGUAAACUGAGGUUCCUGCCAGCAUUUGAAAGUGAAAUAUUCUUGAAAAUACCCGAGCUAGGCUUUAGUCAAUGCAUAGCUUGCCAAUUUGAAACACAAAAAAACCUUUAAGACUGACUUUCUGGAAAUGCAAGCUGAGCAUUACAUCAACUCAAUGUUAACCAGAGCAUUGGAAAUUAGAAAAAUGUACAAAAAGCAUUAAACCCAGUGUUUAUGUAUUUGAUUUUUUCUGAAGUGAGCAUAUUGAUGGAAAAGCAUCACAUUUCUUUUGUGUUGUAAAAACAUCAACAUUGUCUUUAAUUGAAAUAAGGGUGAAUAAAGGUGGAAAAAUUGUGUGGAUGUUUUGCAGAUCAUUUAUUCAUAAAUGUGUUGUACAGCAACAACAAUAAAACAUUGAAGAUGA